ACUUAGACUUGCGCAGUAGAAGGAAGGCAAGGACGAUGAAUAGGUCGAAUGCGGCCAUGGUCGCGCAGCUAGGAACUGCGCGGUGUCGGCGGAUCUCAGGAUUCCCCUAACACUUUCAGUCGGUGGUGGUCGACAACAACGUCUGCACGAAUGCCAUCAUCCACACUGUGGCUGUCCCCGAACCUGUACCCCGCCCUCAAGUACGUUUGUCGUGGAGUCGUCCCAUCAUGGCUGCUCGAAUCUGCACCGACGCGGCCGCAACAUCCAGUUCUCGUCCGAUGCGGCAUGGCGGUGUCGGCCAGUCCGCAUACAGUCCGCUUAAUCUUUAACGCCUGAUGCCUCAUUCAUGCAAAGGUGAACGCCCACCCUUUGCGCUUCCAGUCACCCCACACGUUCACACUGAAGAACGGAUCCGAUGCAACCUUCUCCCACCCGACCAAGUUGUUGCCAAUCCUUGGACUCGGCAACCGAGCUCAGCGUGUUGUGAUCGCAACCGACGUGCAUUGUACUCGUACUACGUUGGAAAUUCUUGUCGAUCGCUCGUGUUCACAUUCGGCACGGUGCUGCUGCUCCUCGUCCCAAACGACAUUGGGCACCAGAACGCGGCGACUCUUCCCAUGAUGCAAGCCCAAGUAGCGCGCGACCUCGUCGGCGGUGUUGUGUCCAUAUGAGAGUAUGCGUACGAUGUGCAUAAGUCGGCGAAGUCUUGUUGGCGGAACUUGAGGCAGUGCGACACACUCGCGUUCAUGGUCGCGAUAGGCAACCACGAAGUCGAGAUACACUACAGCCACAACAUGAACCGGUUCCAGCUCAUGCCAGCGAUUGCGGGAGACUAGCCCGAUCAAUCUCACGUGCUAAACAACGGGGUAUACGCUGGUAACGUU